CAUUUCUCCUCCCCACCUCUGUGAGAACUGAGAACUGCAGUUGUGCUCCACAUACUUCCUUAAGGUGGAGCUGGCAAAUCACCUUACCUGAACAGAGAAGCGUGCUGUGGAUCUAAGCUCAAAGCAUGCAGACGGCAAUGUAUACCUGUGAUUUGUCUUGGCACAGAGGAGAGGUACCCCAGUAAUACACCGGUGGCUUCUGAACAAAGCCUUACAACUAUAGUUCCUGUGUAUGGAGUUAUGCAAAGUCUUCAAACUGAAGGAUCCUGAUCAUGACAAUGAGAACAGCAAAUCACAAGUCACUGUUGGUAUUGGUGUUUAUAUUAGCCUCUUGGAUCACUUUUGCAGUUAUCCAAAACUCCACGAAGUUACGGACUGUACUCAAGUUGCCCUUUUCCCUCCAUCACUGGAAUUUCAUCAUGAAAACACAUCCUGAACCACCACCGAAUCCAAUAGUUUCACCAACAGAGACUGAGCUGAGGAUAAAGAGGAUCAUGGAGAAACUAGACCAGCUGAUCCCGCCCAGACCCUUCACCAACGUGAGCUCCACCACCAGCGCCACACACAGCAGAGCCACCCUCCUCAGCCCUCGAGACACAUACUGCAGGGGGGACCGGCUGGACGUCCUGCUGGAGAUGAGGGACCACCUGGGACGCAGGAAGGAAUAUGGCGGGGAUUUCCUCAGGGCCAGGAUGUCCUCCCCAGCCCUGAAGGCGGGUGCUUCAGGAAAGGUGACAGACUUCAACAAUGGCACCUAUCUUGUGAGCUUCACCCUAUUCUGGGAGGGCCAGGUGUCCCUGUCUGUCCUGCUCAUCCACCCCAGUGAAGGGGUGUCAGCUCUCUGGAGGGCCAGGAACCAAGGCUAUGACAGGGUGAUCUUCACAGGCCAGUUUAACAGAGGCACCUCCCAAGUCAAUACUGACUGUGCCCUGGUUUUAAAUUCAAGUGCUGAACUGUGUGAAUACCUGGAUACCCGAGACCAAGAAGCCUUCUACUGCAUGAAGCCUACAAACGUUCCCUGUGCUGCACUCACCCACAUGCAUUCCAAAAACAAGGACGUAUCUUAUCUUAGCAAACAAGAAAGAAGCCUCUUUGAGAGGUCAAAUGUGGGUGUAGAGAUGAUGGCCAAAUUUGAUGCCAUUACUGUCUCCAAAUGUAACUCAGAAAAGACAGUUCCAGUGAAAAGGCAAUGCAAGUUUGGAAUGGCAUCCACAAUUCCCAGUGGACAUGUCUGGAAAGACACGUGGAAUCCUGUCUCCUGUAGUUUGGCUGCAAUCGAAAUGAAAGAAUGCCUGAGAGGAAAAUUUAUAUAUCUACUGGGAGAUUCCACAAUCCGCCAGUGGAUGGAAUACUUCAAAAGCAGAAUCAACACCCUGAAGUCAGUGGAUUUGCACGAAUCUGGAAAAUUUCAAAAGCAACUUGCUGUGGAUUUGAACGAGAAUAUCAAUAUCCAGUGGCAAAAACAUAGUUACCCUUUGGUUGGAUCAUUGACCUAUUCAGUCAAAGAGAUUGAGUACAUCGCCCAGGUUAUUGACAGAAUUGGAGGAGAAAAAAAUACUAUCAUUGUUAUUUCUCUGGGCCAACACUUCAGACCCUUUCCCAUUGACGUUUUUAUCCGAAGGGCCCUCAACAUCCAUGAUGCAGUUCAACGCCUUCUUCUGAGAAGCCCAGAGACUGUGAUUAUCAUCAAGGCAGAAAACAUCAGGGAGAUGAAUGUUGAUGUGGAGAGAUUUAGUGACAUUCAUGGUUAUAUCCAGUACCUUGCCUUGAAGGAUAUUUUCCAGGAUCUCAAUGUGGGCAUUAUUGAUGCUUGGGAUAUAACAAUUGCAUAUGGCACAAAUAACGUCCACCCACCCCAGUCUGUAGUCGGAAAUCAGAUUAAUAUAUUGUUAAACUUUAUUUGCUAGAUAACACAUCUCUGAAAUUUAUUCAGUUAAUUAAAAACAUCUAUUAAGUGUUUGCUAUCAUACCA